CACACCCAAAGCGCCACGUGGCACGAUCAUGUAGCAAACGUGCCUACAAACGUAUCGGUCGCGCCAUAAAUAGCGAGAGCCGCCUUGUCUUCCCUCAGUGUCGGGACAGACGGUGCGUGUGCAGUGCAACGUGUGCGGGUUAGCAGUAGGUACUUUUUACCUGUUGGUUAGGAAACAUGGAAGUUUAUAACGAGAAAGGGAAGGUGUCAACAUCAGUUGUCGUGGAUGUGAACAGCAACGAGGAUGACGAGAGAACACGUUUGAAUAGCAUCUUAGUUCAGCUUUAUAUUUGGGUUAAGAUAACCCUAUGUAUGGCUGUGACCGUUGUUAGCCUAGCGGGAUGUGCCUUCACAAUAUACUUAUUUAUAACGUCACUGCUUCGCGGCGGAGACAGUCAAUCAGUGCCUUACGACCACAACACAAAACCGGACGAAACCACCCUUACCUACCUGACCCAUUUCACUGAAGGUGCUCCCGAGGUCACGAAGUCGCCCACCAACGACUACCCACGACUUGCCUCCGCUGACUCCGAAACCCUCAAGCCAGUCCUAGAAUCUAUUCGACGACAAAAUCAGUCGCUGUUGGCUCUAGGGUGUCGCCCGACGCCGCACAAGGAGAAGGCGGUGUCGCUUCUCAGUCCCAAGGACAGGAUCUUGGAUGAGAACUUCUUUCCCAAGGACAUAACGAUCGAAAAGUGUGACGAUGUGUACAGCUAUUGCGGCGUCGGGAAGAGUGUCUGCGUGCCGGCCGGGAAUAACACAGGGAAGAAAGCUGUAACAUUUUGGUAUUACGGACGGGAAGGAACUGUCAUCGAGACGAGGACCUUCGAGAGCGACUCGGACUGCGAGUGCCAGUGAAGGUUCUGCUCGCUCCGUGACUAAGAGGUCCAGUCGCAUUCCACACUGCCCGAAGGUGCCCACAGGUAGCGAUGGGUCUGCUGGUUUCACUGGUCUUCUGUUCGCCCAUCCCACAGACAGCGAAGGACUAGUCAAGAAGCCUGGAUGCCUGCCAUUCAUCCAUCUUUAUCAUAGAUGUUUUAUAUUUAAUUUAGGCAUAUUUUCUAUUAUAUAUUUUACUGAGGACUUUAUACGGAAAUUAUAUAUAUUUAAUAUUUAUUUAUCAUUUACGCAUAGUGAGAAAUAUAUUUGAUUAUAGGCGUCUUACAAAAGGAAUAUAUGUUUAAUAUUUAUGAAUUAUGCAUAUUGAGAAAUAUACUUUAUUGUAGGCUCCAUACGCAAAGAAUAUGUAAGUACAAUUUAUCAUUUAUGCCAGUGGAAAAGUGGAUUUGACUGUAGACUUUAAAUGAAGAGAAUGACAAAGGUCUUCAAUUUUGAUGCUCAGUAGAGGUGUUUUAUCAUAUUGAGAGAAAUAUAUAGUACAAGGAUUUAUGCAGCCUUUGCAUGCACGUAGGUCAGUGUUUUUUUAUUGUUUUAUAUUAUUUUUAAAAAUGAAAAGAAAAAUGUUAAAAUUGUAUGAGUAUUUAUGUAUCACUUACAUGUACGCAGGUUCAAAUGUUUCACUCUAUAUUAUGUAAAGAAAAAAAAAAAA